CCCAGGUGUGGUCGCCGCCCCCUCUCCCCUCCCGGACGCCUCCAAGAUGCCGGAGCAAAGCAACGACUACCGCGUGGUGGUGUUCGGUGCGGGCGGCGUUGGCAAGAGCUCUCUAGUGUUGCGCUUCGUCAAGGGCACCUUCCGGGACACCUACAUCCCCACCAUCGAGGACACCUACCGGCAGGUGAUCAGCUGCGACAAGAGCGUCUGCACCCUGCAGAUCACGGACACCACGGGCAGCCACCAGUUCCCGGCCAUGCAGCGCCUCUCCAUCUCCAAAGGCCACGCCUUCAUCCUGGUCUUCUCCAUCACCAGCAAGCAGUCGCUGGAGGAGCUGAAGCCCAUCUACCAGCAGAUCGUCCAGAUCAAAGGCAACGUGGAGAGCAUCCCCAUCAUGCUGGUGGCCAACAAGUGCGACGAGACCCAGCGGGAGGUGGAGACCAAAGAGGGGGAGGCGGUGGCCAAGGAGUGGAAGUGCGCCUUCAUGGAGACCUCGGCCAAGAUGAACUACAACGUCAAGGAGCUCUUCCAGGAGCUGCUCAACCUGGAGAAGCGGCGGAACAUGAGCCUCAACAUCGACGGGAAGCGCUCCAACAAACAGAAGCGGACAGACAAGAUCAAGGGGAAGUGUAGCCUGAUGUGAGGUGGGGAGGGAGGCUGGCGUGCCUCCUUCCCCUCCGCCCCACUCGCCGCCGCUGUCCCCCCUCCCUCAUCCGUGGGUGCCCAGAGGUGGUCCCGGACCUCUCCUGCCCCUCUCGCCCGGCCCCCUUCUGGCAUCUCGGCCCGGCCGCGGCCUUACGAACGCUCCCUACCCCACUGCCUGGGCCUUCAGAUCGAGGCCUCUCACUCACCACCUUCUCUGCGUCUCUCAGCUCCCUCAGCCCAACCCGAAAGGGGGGGAACACCAUAUUUGAACGAGAGAGGCGCUCUCCCCACCACCUGUCCCCUCUGGUGUGUGACCCUCCAAUGCUCCCAGUCAACAACCGCAGACCUUUUCGGGGUGGGGUGGAGGGAGAGAUGGAGCGCCAGCACCAUUGAGAAGGGCUCCUCUGAGGCAGGCCCCCGAACUCAGGCCAUGCCAGCGGACCGGAGGGCCCAGCCCAGCUUGGAGAACAGCGUCUCCUGGAUUGGAUCCAAAAGCCAGGCAGGAGGAGAGAUGCUGCAAAUGUUUCCCGGGCAUCCGGGUCGGCAUCCCGGGCCUCACCAGGGGAGCAGCACCGCUUCCUCUCGCCUUCUGCUUCUAAAGGCCACAAUGACUGGAAAGCCUCCCGAAAGACGUCCGGGAUCUUCUUGCCAGAAAAGAGGCUGGGCAGGCCAACUGCGGGACUCUGCUUCUCCAGACGCUGCAACUCUGCCAAGGGUCUGCAGCACACACUCUGCACGAGAGGCGUGGGCGCCGACCGACCCAGAGCCAAGCCGUUGCCACCGCCACCAUGGAAGAUGGGAUGGGGGAAUCCUGUGGCUGGACCCAGCAUCCUGCACACUCAAAGGAAACCGUGUGGCGGGCCUGGGCCUUCCGCUGCCAUCGCUCUUUUCAGGACAGAGGCACCAAUGGGCACUUCGGUUUCUGGCCGUGUGACCGGUGGCCACCCCCCAUCUUGGGCCAGGACUGUGCCCCCAUGCAGCCGUGGGAUAUUGCAGAUCUCAGGGGCUCCAUGCAAAAGAAAAGAAGGUCCAGGAAUGAGCCUUAUGGCCAGACGUGGGCAAGAGGAAAGAUCUUAUGGGGGGUGGUGGGCGAUGGAGGAUGGGAAGGCCCCCCCAACCCUUUCCAAGCUUUCCAGAUCCUGCCAAGCAAGACUCUGCAUGUCUUGGCCUCCAGACACCUUGGGUGCACCCAGCAGCCUAACAGGAUUGGGUCCGAGUGGCCAGGGGAGCAGCACGAGGAACCCGAAAGCCGGAUGGCGGGACAGGCCGGCCAGCACACCCUUCCAUCCCUGGGUCUCUCUUCCCUGGCUUCGACCCCAACACUCCCCAGCCUGCCAACCCUCGGCAUGCCAGACUUUGAACGUUCCCACUGAUUCGUGAGAUGACGGAUCUGUGUUUAAUUUUUAGUCUAAAGGUUUAAUUUUUAAAGCAACAAGACAACCACCACCAAACAGAAGAGCACACCUCUCGCCCGCUGAGGAGGGCGAGGCCAGCCUGAGGGCUGUACAGAAGACAGAGCAAGAGAGUGAGCCCAUGCGGCUGGACUCAGCCCUCUAGCAGGAGAUCCUGCUCUCUCCAUGGGGCUCAAGAUUGGGGGACAUUUAAGAGGCAGGUGGUGCUGCUUCCCAGAGAGGAGAAUGUUUAAGAAUUUCUUCCGGGGGGAGGGAGAUCUUCAAACAGACCCUCGGGAGGCAGAUAUGGCUUUUGUCUUCUGAGAAAGAAUGGCUUUGGCCCAUUCAAAAUGCCUUGUUAUGCAAAGGUGGUGGCUGCGGGCAGAGGGGGGUCUGGGGUCCAUUGGGGACAUGGCCAUGCUAAAAGGGGGUCACCAACCCACUCCUCAAGAGUAUCCCAAGGAUAGGAGAACGAGGGAAGGGGGAAGGAGGGCAAGGGGUCCCCUCGUGCCCUUCCCUGCAGAGAGCCCCCUGAGUGGCACAGAAGAGAGCUGGUUAUGGGUUCAGAUUUUCCCUUUUGAGGAAGAGGGGAGGCCUGGAAGUUGUAAAAGCAAGCCUCAAACUGGGCAGGCAGUCUGAGUCUGCAGGAGAUGCUUGAGUGUCUGUCCGUGUGAAGGGGACUCUGUGCCUCUUCCUUCCUUCCUUCCUUCCUUCCUUCCUUCCUUCCUUCCUUCCUUCCUU